UUUAGAAAAUGAUUCGGUUCUGUUCAACGUUGACGAGGCCUUCUUCACAUUAUGAUCAUUGUAUUAGGCUUCGCUCUUUGAUUGAAUCGUGCAAAUCAAUGCAGCAAAUUAAGCAGACUCAUGCACAGUUACUAACUACUGGCCUAAUCUCACACUUUGUUUCAACUAAUAAGUUUCUAAAGCUUCUUGCUUUUGCUUCCCUUUCAUAUGCCCACAAAGUGUUUGAUCAAAUUCCUCAACCAGACUUGUUCAUCUACAACACUAUGAUCAAGGCCCAUUCUUUGUCCUCCGAUUCCUGUCGUGAUUCCCUCAUGGUUUUCCGGUCUUUGAUUCGGGAUUCAGGUCUUCUUCCUAAUAGAUAUAGCUUUGUGUUUGCUUUUGGUGCUUGUGGGAAUGGGUUGGGUGUUCUGGAGGGGGAGCAGGUUCAAGUUCAUGCUGUGAAAACUGGCGUGGAGAAUAAUGUGUUUGUUGCAAAUGCUUUGAUUAGUAUGUAUGGGAAGUGGAAACUUGUGGAGGAGAGCCGAAAGGUCUUCGAAUGGGCCGCGGAGUAUAGAGAUUUGUAUUCAUGGAACAACAUGAUUGUUGCUUAUGUUGGAGCAGGUAACAUGAACAAAGCUAAGGAAUUGUUUGAUGGAAUGCAAGAGCGUAAUGUCGUGUCAUGGAGUACGAUAAUUGCCGGCUAUGUGCAGGUUGGCUGUUUUAUGGAGGCUUUGGAUUUCUUCCACAUGAUGCUACAAGUAGGUACAAAGCCAAAUGAAUAUACACUUGUAAGUGCUCUUACAGCAUGUUCAAAUCUAGUAGCAUUGGAUCAAGGAAAGUGGAUCCAUGUUUACAGUGGCAGAAGUGAAAUCAAGAUGAAUGAGAAGCUUCUUGCUAGCAUCAUUGACAUGUAUGCAAAGUGUGGUGACAUUGAAUCUGCAUCAAGAGUUUUCAAUGAACACAAUUUGAAGCGAAAGGUUUGGCCUUGGAAUGCCAUGAUUGGUGGGUUUGCAAUGCAUGGAAAACCCAACGAGGCUCUAAGUGUUUUUGAACAAAUGAAGGUUGAAAAUGUUUCUCCCAAUAGAGUCACGUUCAUUGCGUUACUAAAUGCUUGUAGCCAUGGCCACAUGGUCGAGCAGGGGAAGUCCUACUUCAGAUUGAUGGUUAGUGACUAUGGAAUUAACCCGGAAAUAGAGCAUUAUGGAUGCAUGGUAGAUCUACUCAGUCGUGCCGGUCUCCUAAAGGAGGCCGAAGAAAUGAUAUCAGGUAUGCCUAUGGCUCCAGAUGUAGCAAUUUGGGGAGCACUACUAAAUGCUUGUAGAAUCUAUAAAGAUAUGCAGAGGGGUUAUAGAAUAGGGAAAAUUAUUAAAGAAAUGGAUCCUGACCAUAUAGGGUGUCAUGUUCUAUUGGGUAAUAUAUAUUCCACGUCCAGAAGAUGGAAUGAAGCAAGGAUGCUAAGAGAGAAGAAUGAAAACAGUGACAGAAAAAAGGUUCCCGGUUGCAGCUCAAUUGAAUUGAAUGGAACAUUCCAUCAAUUCCUUGUUGGGGAUCGAUCCCAUCCUCAAAGUAAAGAGCUUUACUCAUUUUUGGAUGAGAUGACAACCAAGUUAAAGAUUGCUGGGUAUGUUCCAGAAUUUGGGGAGCUUCUGCUCGAUAUUGAUGACGAGGAAGACAAAGAGACUGCCCUGUCAAUACACAGUGAGAAAUUGGCUAUUGCUUUUGGGUUGAUGAACACAGCACCUGGAACCCCGAUUCGCAUUGUGAAGAAUUUGAGAGUUUGUGUGGACUGUCAUAAAGCAACAAAAUUCAUCUCCAAGGUUUAUAAGCGAGUAAUUAUAGUUAGAGACAGGACGAGAUAUCACCAUUUUAAAAAUGGAGUUUGCUCUUGCAAAGAAUAUUGGUAAAGAUUAAAGAAUGUGCUAAAGUUGUCAAAUAAGUCUCAAGAUGCAAGUAUCCCUCUAUCACAAAGAUGACAGUCUUUGACAUGUUGAGUUGGCAAGACAAAGGUAUGCAUUUGAUGACAUGUUGGUAGCUUGGGUAGGGUGAAAGAUGAUGUUGUGCAUAUCAUUACGCACAAAUGCGAAUAAAAAGAUCAAGCAUGGAGAAGUUGAACUGUUCACUUUUCAUUAUAUACAUCAUUCAGCAGUUCUGCACUGGAAGAUGCAGGCGGAGUGAUGGCAUUAAAAUAUUGGAACAUCUCAGAGAGAGAGAGACUGAAGAGAAUGUGGAAACUCAAUUAGAUCAUGGAAGCUGAAAAAUGAACAAUCGAGUUUCUCAGACAAUGUUAUGAUUCCUUCAUUCUACCGUAACAUGAAGCGGCACGUAUUAUCCAUUUGUGCCUUUAUUCGUUUCAUACUUUACCAAUAAGCAAGAAAUGGCCAACAAAUUAUGUAACGCAAUUCUAUUUGAUUAUCUGGCAAAUGGGUUUAGGA